AUGGAGAUAGCUCCUUUGACACUGGCUCAUACUCAUGCUCGGAAUGCAGUCCUCGAGACUCGCAAGGCCAAUCCGGUCGCUGCGAGUGAGGAGCAUGAUCUAGCUGCUGGUGAGUUCGCGACAGCUGCGCAGAACAGCUCUGAUCAAGAAUCCAGGCUGACCCAUAGAAUCAAGGCCCUACGAACGCUGCGCCUACUUGAAACUCACCACAAGAAGCUGGCGGAGCUCCUCAGAUUCCAACACGAGCAUCCCUCCACUGCCCCUACCGAAGUGACAUCCGCCACCACCUCUCCAAAUUUAUCAGUUCAGCAAGCUGCGGCCGAUCUAUCCAACGUUAAAACUGCCACGUCGACCCAGGAUGCUCACAAUUUACCACCAAGACUGGUGGGAACCGGUCGAAUUCCGAGUCGGGACAAAUCCUCUAUCGCCAGCAACCUCGCAUCUGCUCGAGGGAUUCCAUCCCAACCUCGCCGUGGGUCGCCGGCAUCACCAACGCUGUCUUCUCAACAAGCUGCAGCAAAGAUGACUGACCCUCCACCCAAAACUACAUCCGGCGAAUCCAGACUGCGGGGCGUGCCAAACAAAAGUCGACAAAGCCGCAUGUCUACCCCCCGGCAACCGUGGUCUCCUCCAACAUCUACUUCCGCACAGUUAACAACACAGCAAGUUGCACCUACCAGCACGUCUGAAUAUGGACCGCCCACAGAUAUGCCCCCAGCUGCCGAAGAGCCCUUGCAGCGUUUCUACUCGGCCUUUGGCGGACUAGUCGCCAAAGUUUCUGUGCCUUUGGCGCUUGCAGGACUUCAAAUGGGAAAUGCCAAUCCAACACAAGCUGGACAGAAUCGCAAAUCCUCGGCCGAAGUGAAAUUAGACCGUGAUCAUGCUACCUUGGACAGAUCGACCACUGCGGGAGAGCCUAAUGUGAACAAGAUAUUCUCUCGAGCAGCUCUCAAGUCAGUUCGCGAUAGUACUGGGGUGACGAUGGGAAAUCCUGCCGAGUCAUUCUACGUAGUGCCAACUACUGGCGGAACCAUGUCAUACGCAGGUAUUCUUACUCGAGCCGAAAAGGAAGCACGCAGAAACAGUCUCGAAGAUGGCGAAGACGACUUUGUGGAUGCGCGAGAAACACCUUCGUCGCCAGAAAUGCGUCACAGUGGUAGUGGCUCUCGCAUAUGGCGAGGACGCCGAGAUGUCCCCGAUCAGCUUGCCAGCGCCCCAAAUACUAAAACAGUGGAAGAAAUGCAGAUGGAGAAUGAAGCUUUGAGGACCUUGACUGACACACUUUCGACCCGGCUGCAUAUGUGGGAAGUCAAUGCGCAAUCUUCUACUAUGGCGCUCCAGCAAUCUUUGAAGAUGAUGCACCAUGCUCCAUCAGGUGCUACCUCUCCGGUAGCUACCAUGACUGCAGCGCCGGCUGCAACUGCACCUGAUCCACGCGUCAAAGAACUAGAAGAUCUCAUUCGAGACCAUGAGACGAAAUUAGCUACUGCUUCUCAGGAGAAUGACAAGCUGAAAGACGUUCUUCGGCGAUACAGGGAUCGCUGGGAGAAACUCAAAGAGGGCGCCAAAACGCGUAGAGCAGAGGCUCGCACUGGCGAUACCCAAUCAGCCCAAUCGCCGAGUGAUAUUCCGGCUUCUCCGGUCACCGGACAGGGCCCGUCUACGAGCCUUUCCUGA